AUGGGUCGACGUCGCUCCACCGUCUUAAUGAACCUACAACUCAACGAUCCUUCUCUCCCGGGACCAGGUGAAAUGGUGACGGAGGGUGGAAGCAGCGGACAUAGCGCCACAAGCCCCCAGCCGAUCUCCGCGUCACCCCUCCUCACCGGAGGUGAUCCCCACCAUAACAGAGCCCCAAGCCUGGGAGAGUUACAUCAAGAGCUCGAGGCAGAACAAGAAGCACAAGUGAACCGACUGUUACAGAUGAUCCGUCAGCAACAACUCCAACUACAGCAACUUCAGGCAGCCCAAGGUCAAAGCCAAACGAGCGUAGCCGCCGAAGAUGCGACCCCUACGUCAGAGAGAUCUAGUUCCAUGGUGCUUCCGAACGUACCUACUCAACCACCCUUCCCCGCACCGUCAACUUCGGUUCCCCGUUCCCCGGUCCUAUCGCAUCCGCGUUCUUCCUUUGACAUGGCUCGCGAUGCUCUCCACCGCAGAUCCAGAACACCCAGCCGUGGCGCGCCCUCUCCUAGGUUGAGAUCGACGUCUAUCAGCGCGGAAAGUGGAGAGCCGCUCCUUUCCGGGGUUCGCGACGAGAGUGCCUAUUACCAAGCUGAAACACAGUCUUUAGUUCGUGAGAACCAAAUGCUACGCCAUAGAAUUCGGGAACUUGAACGCCAACUUGGCGAAGCUCAUGCUGGUGCGUCACUGACACGAGAGCCAGCGCAUCAUUCACAUCUCACACAGUCUACUUCAGUAUCCGAGGAAGAUGCUGCAGCGGGCUCGUCAUCCGCUGUUCCUGCUACUGCUGCUGCGUCUACUAACACUGCCCAACCUGUCGCAGCUUCAGAAAUUAUCAAGGACGAUAACACUACGCUCCUGCUAGAACGGCAUCCUCACACCGGCACGGAAACCUCGUCGCGCAACAGCGAAGUCAUCCACGCUGGUCUAUACUACGGACCCGGGUCCCUCAAAACACGCCUGUGUAUCCGCGGCCGCGAGGCCCUAUAUUCCUUCUGCGCGCGCUACGGGGUGCCUCACGCGCGCGUGGGGAAGUGGGUAGUCGCGCAGGACGAGGCGCAAGUCGAGGCGCUGAGGGGGAUCCACGGGACAUGCAGCACGGAGCUAGGCGUGCCGACGCGGUGGGUAAGCCGCUCGGAGGCGCGGCGGUUGGAGCCCUCGGUCCAGGCUUUAGGCGGUGUGUUAGAGAGUCCGGAGACGGGGAUCGUGGAUUCGCAUGCGUUGAUGACGGCGCUGUUGGGGCAGUUCGAAGACGGAGGGGGCGUGCUGGCUGUUAACUCGGCGGUUGUAGGCGUCGAAGCUUUGGGCUCGACGCCAGGUGCGAGCGGUUGGCGCAUUACCGUCCGCGACGCGGCGACCGGCUCCGAAUCGAGCAUCACCGCCUCGACUAUCAUCAACAGUGCCGGUCUCGCCGCCGCCGACAUCCACAACAUGAUUGCGCCGCCGGACAAGCGCCUCCGGCUAUACUACGCCAAGGGGAACUACUUCAGCUACGGCUCCCCGGCCCCCAAAGUCCGCCGCCUGGUCUACCCCGUCACCGCCCCCGGCGCCGGCGGCCUAGGCACGCAUCUAACGCUGGACCUCGCCGGCCGGAUGCGCUUCGGGCCCGACGUCGAAUGGGUCGAGUCGCCGACCGACUUAGCCGUCAACGCGGCGCGGCUGCCGGCCGCCGUCGCAGAGAUCAAAAAGUAUCUCCCGUCCGUCGACGCGCGCGCGCUGACCCCCGACUACGCGGGCAUACGGCCGAAGCUGUCGCCGGCGGGCGCCGUGGCGACGGGCGGAGGGGGGUUUGUCGAUUUUUAUAUCAGGAAGGAGGAUGGGUUUGAGGGCUGGGUGAAUCUGCUGGGGAUAGAGAGCCCGGGGUUGACUAGUUGUCUGGCGAUCGGGGAGAUGGUGAGGGAUAUGCUGUAUGGGAGUGGGAAGGUGGAGGGAUCGGCGGCGUUGGGGAGGUAG